AUGGCAUCUGUAGAGCACUGUCUCUACUGCUUCGACGUGCUUACUACAACUCUCGAGGACAAAGACACAGCUCCCAUCUCCCUCGAACGUAUCCAAGAGACAUGGCCGUCCUACUCUAAGAGUCUCGACGAUAACAUCGACGCUGCCUCUCUCGAACCUGACUACGAUAUAAAUACGAACGACCCUUUGAACAAAGAUGAAAUCGACAAGUUAGAAGCAGCAGCGGAUAAAGUCUCACGCCUCCGGCUCCCAGCCCUUCAAAGACUAGGUCGUUCGAGCAAUUCUCCAGCGUCGUCAUCUACCCCAAGCUCUAGUUCCUCAACUUCCCUUGCACCUUCCACAACGGCAACUACUCCGGAUCCUUUCAGCUCGGGUAGCCUCGAUCCACGGAUAUCUCAACGCCGCACCUCCAUUACUACGUCUCCACUCUUUGUGACGUGGAACACUGUGUCGCCUACCUCUCUCCGGUCUCUCCGCGGCUGCAUCGGGACUUUCGAGCCACAAAAUCUGUCAAUUGGCCUUGAACAAUACACGCUAAUCUCUGCCCUUCAAGAUACGCGCUUCUCUCCCAUCACUACAUCUGAGCUGCCCUCCUUGGAAGUCUCUGUGACUCUCCUCACAGACUUUGAAAAGGCUGAUGACCAGCUGGACUGGGAGCUUGGUAUCCACGGAUUGAAGAUCAAUUUCACUGUAAAGAAUAGACAGUAUGGGGCAUGUUAUUUACCAGAUGUGCCGGUAGAGCAAGGCUGGACUAAAGAGGAGACUGUUAUUAGUUUGAUGAGAAAGGCGGGGUGGACUGGGCGGAGAGAUAAGUGGAGAGAGGUUUCGGACUUUAGGGCGACAAGGUUUCAAGGGAAAGCGGAGAGUUUAAAGUGGGAAGAGUAUAACAAGUGGAAGAAGUGGGUAGAGAUUAUUGAUAAAGAGUAG